UUCACCCGAAACGAACCGUUUUGUUUUCUCCUUCCGGUGACGGAACCAGAAACGUAGGGAUACCGGUGACCGGCACGUGUCGGUUUCUUAUGGAUUCGUUCCGCCCUCAGAAAUCUCCAGGCUCCGAUCGAUUCCUCGGUCUCCUCUCCUCCUCCCCUCCCUCCGCCGCCUUCUCCGGCGGCGGCGCCGGCUUCGAGCUCGACGAGCACGACAUCUUCUCAACCGACACAGAUCCAAACCCUAACCCUAACCCUAGCCCUAGCCCUAGCACCUCGAUCCUCCACCAUUCCCCUCUAAACCCUAACCCUAACUCCAGCACGAGCAGAUCGCCGCUCUCGCCGUUCCAUCGGGAGCGCAACUUCGGCAUCCUCGCCGCUUUGCCGGAGGAUUCCAAGGCCAGAAGCCCUAACCCUAAGUUCCUCCAGCGGAAGCCUUCGAUCUCGUCGGCGUCAUCAUCGGCAUCGACGUCACCGUCUUCGUCAGCGAGGAUGAUUCCGGUGAUCCCGAAGCCGAAGCCGGUGGAGUAUGGCGGGAAAUUAGGGCACCAUCAGUAUCAAUCAGCGCCAGUGAAUGUGCCGCGUGGUCCCCGCGAGCGUGGAUCGCAGGGGAGAGGGGAGCCGUUGACGACCUUCUCGGUGCUCGAAGGGGUCGGGAGGACGCUGAAAGGGAGAGAUUUGAGGAGAGUGAGGAAUGCGGUCUGGCGCAAAACAGGUUUUCUUGAUUGAAACUUUGAAUUGGUAAUUAAUUUAGUGUGUUCUUGCUAUAUUAGCUUUCUUUUCUUAUUGCGAGUGAGGUCAAACUGUGGAGGUGCCUGAGGAUAGAAGGAAAUUGGUGGUUUAGUCAACGGGAAUAAACAAGGGAACUAUAUUUCAUUGGAUUGCUUCUUAGACUCUUAUUUUAGUCAAAAAUUGGUUGACUUUACUGGAAAAGAGUGACCUUUUGAUCUUACUUUCCCUUAGUUUGUUUCACUAAAAAGCAGUAAAAUAGGUGUUAUAGGAUUUUUGUGCUGAUAGAGCGCCAGUAUUCUUCGAACCAAUUUUCUUUCCUGAAACACGUUUUGCAUGUGUAUGAUGAGUGUGGUUUAAUCUGAUAACUGUUUCUUAAGAAGAAUGAUUGAUGAUUAUAUGCUUA